UUGGCAUCCAAAACGAGCUAUAUUUCAUAUUUACACAUCAUAAUGGCAAGCUUGAUUAGCAAAAAUAAUCAUGUUUUUGUUUUCGCUAUGAUUUUCGGUCUAAUUGGAGCAUAUUAUGGAAACAUUAAGGUAGGAAAUGGGCAAUGCAAUGGUGAUUUGCAAGGGCUUAUAACACAAUGUGCAGUGUUUGUCCAAAAACCAGGUCCACCAAUGGAUCCAUCUUCAGCAUGUUGUAAUGUGUUAAAAAAUAUUGAUGUUGCAUGCAUGUGUACGCAUAUUACUUCACAGGUUGAGCAGCUCAUUAGCAUGCCUAAAGCUAUGCACUGUCUUCAGAGCUGUGGCAAGUCCAUGGCUCAUGGCUCCAAGUGCGGAAGUUAUACAGUUCCAUAAGCAGGAAAUAAAGAGGAUCUGAUUCAUCUAUGACAGUUAGCUGUUGUAGCAUCUUUCCACAAGGUUUAGGCUUGUUAUGGUUAAUUUAACUAGUUUAUCGUAAGUUUAAGUAGUUACCCUAGUUAAUUUUUCUAAGAUUUUUUUUAUUUUUUUAUUAUUUUUUAACCCUUUAGGUGUUAGUGUUAAAUUAGUUUGUCACUUCAUAUGUAUGAACUUCCAUUAUCUCAGGUGUUAUUGAGUUAGUUUUUAUUACAUCUUCAACGUCAUAUCCCAAAAUGCGUGUUAAUGUUCACUAUUGAGUAGUACUUAACUAUGUAAUGAUUGCUUCAAAAAACAAAAACUAUGUAAUGAUAAUAGGUGCAGUGGUUUAAUUAGGUGAAUCCGGAUUAACGGGUGUCUUAAAAUGAAUUAUCAGUUGAGGUACUUCCAUAUAAGAAUCAGAUGAGGUGGUUU